AUGGAUUUGACAAAAAUAAGGCAGCAGUUGUAAGACAUAAAAUUGGAGAUUUUAUUUUAUUAAAAAAUGAAGAACGUUCCGGCAGCCGCAAUUUUGAAUCUGCUAAACAGUCGUCCAGCACAUAAUGAGUGUCAUGCAGUGUAUGCAAGCCGCAUGGUAACAACGUUGACAACAAAAUGGUGCAACAUGACAGCCGAGAAAAUAGCUGUGUCAACUGUACUAGGACACAUGGCGAAUUUUGACAGCCGUUUGCAGCGUGUGGCGUUUUCUUCAGAUGCUAGCUCGAGGCAUCAACUGCAGAUGGAGUUAAAGGCGUUUACCUUUGAGAAGAACGGACAGACGGAAGGUACUGGUGGAGAUCACAAGCGUGCCAAAAUAAUAUGCCACGCAUGCAAGCAGCCUGGGCAUAAGAUGGCGAAUUGUCGACUCAAGCGAUCUGACGUGGAGGUCAAGCAGCAGCAGCAGCAGGAUUUGCGAAACGUCACUUGCUAUCGUUGUGGACAGCUUGGACAUUUGGCGAAUCGGUGCAAUCGGUGCCCAGGGGACGGGUCUCUUUACCAAUCAGCAUUUCUAGAGGGCUUGCUUUGGUUGCACGCAACCAAAGUUAGUAUGCAAUUCAAUGCAAGUUGUACCUCGCCAAGAGCAUCCUGUCAUGACCUGUUAAUUUACCCGUUAUAUCGAUAUGCACUGUAUGCCAUGGGACAUUUACUUUUGCGAUUGGAUGUAACUCUGCUUGUAUCUUCCCAGAUGACUCCUUUUCAGUUUUUCACGUUGUACAACUGUCGACAAAAUUUCGAACGUACUUACUCAUUUUGGCAAGCCAAUAAUAUUGACAAGUCGAGAGUCCUUUUCCAACCUAAAUGCAUAACGGACUUAUGAACUUGAUUGAUUACCGACCAUCGAAUUGCAUGCGGCAC